AUGGCUUCAUCGAUCUACGACGAAGAAAUCGGAGAGCUACGAUCCGCACUGCACCGUGCACAUGAUGACAUUCCUUACAUAGAAGACGUAGACAACACCCGACAGCCCACUGUAAUAGGACUGGUCAAAGCGCCCACCAUACCACCCAGAAGAAGAAACAUUUCAAUCGGAAGCGACUCAUCCAUUUCCUCAACCAUUCAACCCAUCACCGGAUCACUAUCCUUAGGUCAAGGAUAUGAUUCUGCCGUAGGUUCAUCAGCGCCCACAACGUACUCAUCUCCGCACCAGAAUACCCCUACUUCAGUGUCGUCCAGUAUGGCAGACGCUGGACACUUCUCAUCGCCUCCCAGCUGGACAAGCAGUCCUCCAACGUCUCCGGACAGUAUCCAGACGUCGGUAAACUACAUCCCUGAUGACGUCAACAUUCUUAAACCAGCUCCAAAAGGAAGGGUUGUGGCCAAGGAGAUGCCCACUGUGCAGAAAGUGUCAUUUGCUCAAACUCCUUCUCCCCAAACUAUCCAGAAAGUUCGUGAGUUGAAGGCAGCAAUGCAAGGAGCUGAUAUUCCCAAGAGUUCCAGCGUGGUGACCUUUCCUGAAUCGAAAUCAGAAAGAGAACCACGUUUCACACCGAGCAUUACCAGCAUAGGAAAUGCCGUUCUUCGAUCCAGAACCGCUGAUUUUGAGAGGAUCAGCAAAGUUGAGACCAAACCAAAGAGUUCCUCUGUUACUACACCUUCCUCUGUUCAAAGCAGUACUGUUGCACCAACCACAACUAGUACUGGAUCAUCGGAUAGGGAUAAAAAGAAAUACACCAAGAGAAGGUAUACGGAUUCAAGGCAUAUGACUCGACAUAUUCCAGAUUCUGAGACUCUGGAUUCAUCGACUAACAGUGUUCCUAAAACAGAACCUAGUCCUGUUAGUGCAGGUCCAAAUGUAGGUCCGUUGUACAAAAGAAGAGAGCUGAUUUCUAGUGUACCAUCCAAGUAAAAAUUAUUUUUGGUGUAAAUGUUUUUAAUGUUUUUCAAAUCAAUUCAAGGUAUUGGAGACCAAUAAUAAUAUAACACAAAAAU